CUUUCCGCUGGGAUGAAGGAGGAGCUGGAGAGAAUAGACUUCGUGUGGAACGCGUCCCAGUACAAAUGGGAUCACAUUGUUCUGCCGUCGCUGCAGAGAUUUUAUGAAGUGCACCGCCACUCCGAUAUCCCAAGAGAUUUUAUUGUACCGACGGGGGAUGAUUCGUGGCCGAGGUCG